CCUUAGGCGAGCCGAACCGAGCCGAGCCGAACCGAGCCGAGCCCAGCCCUGCCCUUCCAAGCUGUUUGCCAUGGUGGACGAGCUGGUGCUGCUGCUGCACGCGCUCCUGAUGCGGCACCGCGCCUUGAGCAUCGAGAACAGCCAGCUCAUGGAACAGCUGCGGCUGCUGGUGUGCGAGAGGGCCACCCUACUGCGCCAGGUACGUCCGCCGAGCUGCCCGGUGCCCUUCCCCGACACGUUUGAUGGCGAGAGCUCCCGGCUCCCCGAGUUUAUCGUGCAGACGGCGUCAUACAUGCUCGUCAACGAGAACCGAUUCUGCAACGACGCCAUGAAGGUGGCAUUCCUUAUCAGCUUGCUCACCGGGGAAGCCGAAGAGUGGGUGGUGCCCUACAUUGAGAUGGAUAGCCCCAUCCUAGGCGAUUACCGGGCCUUCCUCGAUGAGAUGAAACAGUGUUUUGGCUGGGAUGACGACGAAGAAGACGACGACGAAGAUGAAGAAGAUGAUUACUAGGCCCGGAGACCCUCGGGCCUAGGGGGGAGGGCACUGCACGCCGCCACCUCCCCCGCUCCCGGCCUCGCCUUGCCCCGCCGGGAGCCACCGCGCUCCUGUCGCGCUCCGAUCCCCAUCCGAUCCCCUUCCCUACCCCUGCCUCUGGUUGUCUCCCCCAUCCUUACCUCCCGCCCCCCCCACCGCCCCUGCCCCGUAGUGCUUGUCUUUGUUCCAGGAAUAGUGCUCCAGUUACCUGCUGCCGAGGCUGGGGCCUCUCUGAAGUGCGCUGCCUCCUACUGUGGGCAGCCCCAGGAUCCUCCCCUGCUAAUCUGAACUGUGUUCUGAGCCCCAACUCUAGGGCAGGCCCCUGUUACAAACUGGUCAGACUGCGCACAGCCCUGCCGACUGUCAGGCCUACAUCUGCCCAGAGUCCUACGCUGCCACCUAACCACCUUCCACUACUUUCCAGCCUUUGGAGAUGAGGAACAACCCAGAAGAUGCCUUAGUUGGCUGUACCUCCUGGGACAUUGAUUUGGACUGCACACCAACCUCCCCCAAGGGGCUAAUCCUUCAACCUGGUUAGUUCCUUACGAAUUCCCAGACUCUUCUCCUGCCCCACCAGAUUGCUGCAGGGGCCUAUUGUGCCCGGCAGCCAAAUUGUUGAUAUUUCUCCUAUGCACCAGUUUUGCACUACUGUCGUUUCUCUUUCAAAAUUGCAGCGAUCCCACAGAUGUGUGCAUUUUGACAAAAAUACUAAAAACAAUACAAACAAAAGCAGGCACUCAGCCCAGCUCCUCAAUACUACCUGGAAAAAGCAUUUGCAUUCUUUUCAAUAAAUAUCAAGCACUACGGAAAGAAAAAGUGUCUUUUAAUGGUUAAGGGCUAUCAUUGGCCUCUGCCACUCUCACCCUGACUCCCAUUAUUCCCUUUGAUAUCAGGGAACAUAGUUCAAUCCCAGUAUUCCCCACUGUCAUGUCUAGGCUACAGAGGACAGCUACCACAGGGCUUUAUGGGGAAUCGGGUACUCCCCUCAUCAAGGCAAGUCUUACAGCCCUGGUGAGGGGUGUGUCCUCUGGGACUUCCAAGAUGACAUGGGUAAGUGGUGGCUGAGCAAGUGGCACUCCAUCCCAAGCUGGGACACUUUUAAGAGAGCUUAAAGGGGGCAUUGUUAAUCAUUAGACUGGGACUGGGACAACAGGCAUAAAUCAGGACAGUCUUGCUGAGCUUUAAGGUUCUUCCUUAACAGGCAAGAGAUAUAUUCUGCCCCUUAACUCUUAGUGCUCGUGAGGUGCUAUUGAGUUCAGGCUUCAAUGAAAAAUGUAGCAUACUGUUUUAAUACCCCUUUUUGGUGCUUGAGCUAACAUUAAAUCCUAGAUCCUGGGUAAAUGCACUCAUAAUAAGUGGAGCCUGAUUUGAACAUUUCAUCUUCCUUGAGCAGAUACCCUUAGAAUCCCCACCCAUCCAUGUGACCCAGAUUCCUGCCUGUAGAAAUUGACAAGAUGCCUGGUUAUCUCCUGAACUAGAUCUUGUACUGCUAUCUGAGCUAUGCUGUGAUCUCUUUGUGGGCCUGGAGGGCUCGGAGGCACUGAGGGAGUGGGGUGAGUGCCGAAAAGAAUCUGCAUACCUUUGUGAGGCAGUUACACAAGGUUAAGUCACUGAAAUGUUAAAUCGGGGAAGUUUGCUUAGGGGAUUGUGAGGGCUAUCUGCCAGCCAGGAACUGUCAGGAGGAUUUGAGGGGUUCUGAGUUCUCACUCUUUAUCUGUAUCUGCCCUGAUGU